UGCUUGACAGGUACACUUCCGGGCCCUGCAAAACUGCUAGUUGAACCAUUCUUGUUAUCGGGACAUUUCUAAGUUGAGAGUAAGAAACCCCUGUACAAUCCUUCCCAGCGCACACAUGGCUACGGGCGGGCGGCGCCGCGCCUCCUCUCGCCUGGCCGCUGGCCUCCUCCUCGCCUCCCUCCUUGCGCCGCUGACUGCCGCUCAGCCGUGGCAAGUCUGCGGGAAUAACGGCAGCUACACCGCGAACAGCACCUACCAGUCCAACCUCAGUCAACUCUCCGCCACCCUCCCCACCAACGCAUCUCGAGCCCUCUUCGCGACGGCCGCCGUCGGCACAGUCCCGGAGAUCGCCUACGCCCUCGCGCUCUGCCGCGGCGACUCCAACGCCUCCACCUGUGAGUCCUGCGUCGCCACGGCCUUCCAGGGCGCGCAGCAGCAGUGCGCCUUCCAAAGGAACGUGGCUAUCUUCUACGACGACUGCAACCUCCGCUUCUCCGACCAGAAUUUCCUCUCCACAACCAACAACGACAACCUCAUCAUGACCAUGAACCCGCAGAACGUGAGUUCAUCGGUGGAGGUAUUCGACGCCGCCGUCGGCAUACUGCUCAACGCCAUCAGUAACUACGCGGCGACGAACUCGUCCCGGCGGUUCGCAACAGGGGAGGAGGGGUUCGAUAGAAGCAACCCCACCAUCUACGGGCUGGCGCAGUGCACACCAGACAUGUCGCCGGCCGACUGCCGAAGCUGCCUCCAGGACAUAAUUGCGUUGAUGCCGCAGUAUCUCAGCGGGAGGCAGGGCGGGAGGAUUUGUGGGGUGCGGUGCAACUUUAGGUACGAGCUGAAUAAGUUCUUCACCGGAGGUCCGACGCUGCGACUGCAAACGCCGUUGGCGCCAGCGCCGGCUCCUGCCUCUAAUAAUGCGACGCCGAUGGCGACCCCAGGAGGACAAACGAGGAACAAAAAGAGGAUUGUUCUAGCAAUUGCAAUGUCUGUAGUUGCUGCAAUCCUAGCAAUCAGUAUGGUUUGUCUCUGUUUCUUUAUGAAGAGAAGGCCAGCAACAGAGCAUGUAUCAUCUUAUUCAGUUAAUCCUGAGGACACUGAAAGCAUCAAUUCACUUCUUCUCGAUAUAUCAACACUACGUGCUGCAACUGAUAACUUUGACGAGAGCAAUAGGCUUGGUGAAGGAGGUUUUGGUGCAGUUUAUAAGGGUGUUCUUCCUGACGGUCAAGAAAUAGCAGUGAAGCGGCUCUCGCAAAGUUCAGGGCAAGGAAUACAAGAGCUGAAAAAUGAGCUUGUUUUGGUUGCCAAGCUUCAACACAAGAAUCUUGUUAGGCUUGUUGGUGUUUGCUUGCAAGAACAUGAGAAACUGCUUGUGUAUGAAUACAUGCCCAAUAGAAGCAUCGACACCAUUCUUUUUGAUCCUGAGAAAAGUAAGGAGCUAGAUUGGGGAAAGAGGUUCAAGAUAAUAAAUGGAAUUGCUCGAGGCUUACGAUAUCUUCACGAGGAUUCUCAGUUUAAGAUUAUUCACCGAGACAUGAAAGCGAGCAAUGUCCUUUUAGACUCUGAUUAUACUCCAAAGAUUUCAGAUUUUGGCUUGGCUAGGCUAUUUGGAGGGGAACAAGAUGAAUCGCAGGAGGUCACAAAUCGUGUUGUCGGAACAUAUGGAUAUAUGGCACCAGAAUAUGCCAUGUGUGGCCACUAUUCUACAAGGUCAGAUGUCUUCAGCUUCGGCGUCCUGAUUUUAGAAAUCAUAACCGGAAGAAGAAGCAAUGGCUCGUGUAACUUGGAGGAAUCUGUGGAUCUCUUAAGUCUUGUAUGGGAGCACUGGACCUUGGGAACAAUUGUUGAGAUCAUGGAUUCGUCUCUGAGAGGCAAUGCUCCUGAAGAACAGAUGCUGAAGUGUGUUCAUAUCGGGCUACUGUGUGUUCAGGAUAACCCAGUAGAUAGACCGACGAUGUCAACAGUGAACAUUAUGCUUAGCAGCAACACAGUCUCUCUCCAGGCUCCAUUGAAGCCAGUGUUUUUCAUUCCAAACAGUGGCACCUACUCAAAUGUGUAUUCGGAACCAUAUCCUACAGCUUCGCAGUCCAGCAGUAAGUGAGGGGCAAUGUCACCGAACGAAGUUUCAGUUACAAAACUAUAAUCAGGACGUGAGGAUGAGUCCUGAAGCAUGUCGCUAGGGCAAUUUGAUUUUUACUGAGAGAGAAUAAACAGGGACAAAGCUUGAGUCGAAAUGACCUGUGCUACUUCACUAUAACAUCUGAUAAUAUACAUAAAUUUAUAUGAUCGAUAUG